UAGUUUGGCGGCCUGUUGGUAACACCGUGUCCAGCCUUCCACUGAAAACAAGUUGGAAAUACCUUCAGCUUGGUAGUAAAGCUCCCCCCUGAACAGCAUUCAAGUUUAGCAUCAUUUCAAAUUUUGGAAUGGAACCGGAGAAAGACAUGACCAACAAUCUUGUCCAAACCAACGGACUUCCUUCGUCACGGGAAAAAAUUAACAUUCGUAUCAUUAUUGGUUCCGAAGUUUUUUUAAGCAACCAAUCUAUUCUAAGUUCCUGCUCCACUUAUUUUCAAGCCUUGCUGUCUUCUAACACCAACGUAUCAGAGAUUCUAAGCUUGCUGAUCAAAGGCAUCGACGCCCAGACUUUUGCUAAUGUGCUGCACAUGAUCACUAAAGGAGACAACAAAAUGACUGAGAACAACAUGCUUGCUAUGUGGCGCGCAGCACACCACUUGAAGAUCGACAGUCUCAUCGAACUGUGUGAACAUUACGUCAGUGCUCACGUGACUGAAGAGAACUAUUUAAAUAUUUACCAGCAUGCCAUCGCCUUCAAAUCAGAGACUGUCCAUGAAAAGAUUCUCUUACUGAUGAUCAGGAACUUUGACCGAUUUAUAAAGACUGAUACUUUCCUAAACUUAACUCCUAAGACUUUAAUAGAAAUCAUUACAAGUGCUGGCAUCAAAUCCUAUGACAAUGUAAUUGUAGCCAUUUUUUAUUGGAUUAAUUAUACCAGGACAGAGCGACUUCAGAGCUGUGGAGAGUCACCAAAGGAGGAAAACAAAGCUAAACAGAGUUAUGGCAAUGCUGAUUGGUACAUGGAAGUCAGCUUUCACGAUAGAGAUCUUUUUCCUAACACAGAUAAUCAUCCCAUAAAUAGAGCAGAGCUUCUGGGGGAACUAAUCAGCCUUGUCCAGUUUGACCUCAUCACCAUGGAUGGACUCAGAAAGCUGCUGGACAAUGAUGAUGUGAUGGAGAACAGAGAUGCAAGAAACGCUGUGAGGAGAGCCAUCUCCUCCCAGCUGGAAAAUGACAAGCUAGUAAUGGUGCCCGUCAAUGCUGAAGAGAUGACAUCCAAAGCCAUGAGUUUAUCUGAUCUUACAAUUAGAGACAUUAGCUCUGGAGUCGCUUUCUCCUCCUCCCAGGUUGAGCACAAUAUCGUGUUCCUAGACAGAUGCCAGAGAGUACUAUCACUCAACCUUUUACAAAACACAAUAUUUCAACUUACAUUUGAAAUUACAGGCUCAAUUGAGGACAUUCUUGUUUUGGAGCACAAGCUGCACCUCAUGGUGAAUCGCUCAUUUGUCGAUCCAAUUUAUCAGCUACGGCUGUAUCAGAUUUCAGAUUACCUGGAUUUCGACCAAUCCAUUAUUUGCUACUUUGGACCCAAGAACAGAAUAAAGUUUAUCAUCAAUGGCUCCUUUUAUAAUGGCUUCAUCAGUACUGGCAAAAAGUGUCUAAAGAUCAUUCAAAACAAAAGCUAUUACCCUUUUCAAUUAAACUGGGCCACCUUUGAGUUUAAUGGUGUCAUCGGCGAUGUGUUGUCACUAGUCAACUACGAAAAUGAGAUUGUGGGGUUCUUCUCAGCCGAGAGGGAAGGGGGUGACGUAAUCAACAUCUACUCGUUCAAUACCUACAGCAAAUAUUUUUAUUUCAUAGUGAGCCUGAAGGGAAGUGCCAAAAAUCUGGCCACUUUCACUUUCAAAAAGAGGCUGUUUGUCAUCCAAGGCUGUGGAGAUUUGACGGAAUUGUAUAGACAGGAUGGAGUAGGCAGACUGCGGGCGAACUCUCAACCGCCACUGUGGAACAUCCCUUUGAAAAUAUUUGGAGCAGUGAUGUUAAACAAAAUAUUGUUUGUGAUGGCUCGUCUUGAAAAUGUCAGACAUCUACCAACGACUUGCCAGUUUGGCCGCAUUAAAUUUGUUCACCUGAUAAAUGGUACCAACAUUUGUCAGUACAUGGCUGUUCCGAGUCACUGGCUUCAAGAUGAAAUUUGAAAUGAUCCUGAACUUGUUUGCGCAUUUGAUUCAGGAAUCUACAUUUUAAUCAAGAUUUUAAGUUGUCAAAACUUUAAGUACAUUUCAGUGUAACUACUUGAAUGUCAGUAUCUUUUUGUUUUAUAGAUGCACUUCAGUCUUUCUUUUUGUAGAUGCACUUCAGUCUUUCAUUUUGUAGAUGCACUUCAGUCUUUCAUUUUGUAGAUGCACUUCAGUCUUUCUUUUUGUAGAUGCACUUCAGUCUUUCAUUUUGUAGAUGCACUUCAGUCUUUCUUUUUGUAGAUGCACUUCAGUCUUUCUUUUUGUAGAUGCACUUCAGUCUUUCUUUUUGUAGAUGCACUUCAGUCUUUCUUUUUGUAGAUGCACUUCAGUCUUUCUUUUUGUAGAUGCA